CUCCAACAUAUCUCCCUUCAGCUCGCUACAGAAGAGCGAGUGCUUCAAUAAACGCCGGACUCUGUCCACUUGGAAUCUUAACUUGGAUAAAUGACCUGAAGAAAUAUGUGCCUGAAAUGCAGCAGGUCUUUUUUCCAUGACAACGGCCAACUGACUGGUCAAUCCCUGCAGUAGAUCACAUUGCGAUGGCUCUUCUGGCUGAAGGCAGGUCUGAGCGACAGCUCAGCAACUUCACCUGCACCUUGGAAAAGGUGGAAAGCUGCACCAGGAAGGGCAUUUACUACCAAAAAGCCAAACUGCUUCAGCCUAAUGAGGAUGCAUACAGUAUUGCCCAACUCAACGACAGAACCUUUGUUAUUGUCAAUGUUGGAGGCAAUAAGUAUCAGAUUCCGUGGACUACACUGGACCAGAUCCCACUAACGCGUCUGGGCAAGCUUAAAGCGUGCAGCAAUUAUGAGGAAAUCAUGGAUAUCUGUGAUGAUUACGAUGUAAACCACAACGAAUUUUUCUUUGACCGCAAUCCUUGUGCCUUCAGAACUAUCAUGACGUUCCUGACAGCUGGGAAACUCAGGCUUAUCAGAGAAAUGUGUGCCCUCUCCUUCCAGGAGGAGCUGGUUUACUGGGGCAUCGAGGACGAGAACCUGGAGUGGUGUUGUCGCCGUAAACUCUACCAGAAAGUGGAGGAUUUUGAAGAGAUCAAGAGGGAUUUUGAAGUGCUCCUUACUGAAGAAUCACAGGGUGCCUUUGACGACACGACUCGGCUGGGUUAUUGCAUGAAGAAGCUCAGGGACAUGGUGGAAAAUCCUGAUUCAGGAAUCCCAGGAAAGAUCUUUGCCUGCCUCUCGGUUCUAUUCGUGACAAUCACUACAGUAAGUCUCUGCGUCAGCACCAUGCCUGAUCUGAGGCAAGAAGAGGAGAGGGGUGAAUGCUCCCAGAAGUGUUACAACAUGUUUGUACUGGAGACCGUCUGUGUGGCCUGGUUUUCAUUCGAGUUCCUGCUGCGGUUCAUCCAAGCGCAGAGCAAGUGUGCGUUUCUGAGAACACCUCUGAAUAUCAUCGACAUAAUGGCCAUUUUGCCUUAUUACAUCAGCCUGAUUAUUGAUGCCUUUUCAGUUGAGGAGAAGCCAAGUGGCUCUGGAAACAUGGAUUUGGAGAAAAUAGGCCUGGUCCUCCGGGUUUUGCGUGCCUUGAGGAUUUUGUACGUGAUGAGGCUGGUGCGUCAUUCUCUGGGGUUACAGACACUGGGCCUCACAAUUCAACGGUGCACGCGAGAAUUUGGGCUCCUUCUGCUCUUCCUCUGCGUGGCUAUGGCACUUUACUCACCUCUGGUAUUUUUAGCUGAGAGGGAGCUGGGUGCCAAGCAUGAAUUUGCCAGCAUUCCCAGCAGCUACUGGUGGGCAGUGAUCUCAAUGACCACCGUGGGUUACGGAGACAUGGUCCCUCGCAGUAUACCUGGGCAGGUGGUAGCUUUGAGCAGCAUCCUGAGCGGCAUUCUCCUCAUGGCCUUCCCGGUUACCUCGAUCUUUCACACCUUCUCCCGUUCCUACUUGGAACUGAAAGAUCAGCAGCAGCGCAUUUCAAACAGCAAGGCCCAGUUCAAAGGAGACAUCAAGUCCCCAAACAGUGACAGCUCUCAGGAAACUGACAUCUCCUUCCCAAUGAACUUUGGUAAAACAAGAGAGUCAAGUACACAGGGGCCAGCAGACUGA